AUGUAUGACCAUGAUCUUUAUCAUCAAAAGAUUUUAUCUGAUUAUGUUCAGAAUUGGGAACACCAUACAAAUCAACCCUACAACUGGAAUUCCGCAGUAACAUGUGAUGUAUGUAAAGGUAUCGUUCAAGAAUUAAGAUCUGCUAUAGAAGCCAAGGCACCAAGAGAAACUCUUCUUAAUAUCAGCAACUUCUUCUGUGUCCAUUUUAAAAUAGAAGAUGUUCGAGUUUGUAAACUUGUUAUUGAGCAAUAUAAGGAUGUUGUAUUUGGAGUAAUAGAACAAUCUUUAUUAAGUCCUGAUGAAAUCUGUGCUCAGCUUAUACCUGAUGAUGAUUGUGGUGUACCAUAUAAUCCUAAAGCUCGGUGGAAUGUUACCCUAUCUAAAACACCUAAACCACCAGUAAAACCUACACCAUAUCCAAAGCCUGGUUCUCCAACGAUGAAAAUUCUACUCCUAACAGAUAUGCAUCUAGAUCUGGACUAUCAAGUUGGAAGCAACGCUGAUUGCCAGGAACCAUUAUGUUGUCGAGUCAAUGAUGGUACACCAGCACCCGAUAAGAAAGGCGCUGGUUUUUGGGGAGAUUAUAGACAUUGUGAUCUAUCACCUCAUAUGUUCUAUAAUAUGAUGGAAUAUCUGAAAUCUAUUCAAGAUCAGUUUGAUAUGAUAUAUUUUACUGGAGAUAUACCAGCCCAUAAUAUAUGGAACCAAACCCGAGUAGACCAAUUAGUCCGAAUGAGAACCUUUAUUAGUGCUAUAGAGAAAUAUUUACCAGAUAAACCUAUUUAUUUUGCUGCUGGGAAUCAUGAAAGUUCUCCAUGUAACAUAUAUGCACCACCAUUUGUAAAAGGCAAUAUGUCACAAGAUUGGUUAUACGGGGCUUUUGCUGAGGUUUGGACAAAAUGGAUGCCACUUGAUACUAUAGAUACUAUUCUAAAGGGAGGCUACUAUACUGUAUCACCAUUCCCGGGAUUACGAAUCGUUUCUAUCAAUUCAAAUUAUGGAACAACUGACAACUGGUGGUUAUUGGUAAACAAUACAGAUCCAGCAGGUCAGUUACAAUGGCUAUCAGAUGUUUUACAACAAGCAGAAGAUAAUAAUGAAAUGGUUCACAUCUUGAUGCAUCAUCCUGCCAAACAUGAACAGGUUAAACAAUGGUCGUGGAAUUUUUAUACUCUCAUUAAUAGAUAUGAAAAUAUAAUCAAAGCUCAUUUCAAUGGUCAUAGCCAUGAUGAUUUUUUCAAUGUUAUAUAUGAUAGUGAAAAUGCUAGUAGACCUAUUGGUGUAGGCUAUGUACCAGGUAGUGGUACAACCUACAAUAACCUAAAUCCUGGCUUCAGGAUUUAUACCGUGGAUGGCAACUAUACUGGUAGUACUUGGGCGCCGUUAGAUUGGGAUAAUUAUGUAGCAGAAAUAUCUAAGUCCAGUGCUGAAACGCCACCAGCUUGGGUCAAAGAAUAUUCACCAAGGUCAGCUUAUGGACUGAAAAGUUUAAAUCCUAGUGAAUGGGAUGAUCUCAUCAAUAGAAUGAAUAAAAACGAUACUCUCUUCCAAUCCUUUCUCACGUUCCGUUACAAGCUAGCGACACAUGGACCAUGUAAAGGUGGGUGUGUGGCCAGUACUCUCUGUGAUUUAAAAACUUCUCGAACCAACUCUCCAGAUUUAUGUAAAGAUCUUUAUUAA